AUGGGAUAUUUCAUUUCUCAGCAGAGCUUAGAAAAUUUGAAAUUCUACAAAUAUCAAAGUGAAGAUCAUUCUAUUGUUUCUAAUUAUGUAUUGAAACCAUUCUGGAGGGCUUUUGCCAAGAUAUUUCCAACGUGGAUGGCACCGAACGUUGUUACCUUAUUAGGGUUAUGUUUCAUUAUUAUCAAUGUCAUAACGACACUUUACUACGACCCUCAACUAAAUGUGGAGACCCCUCGUUGGACAUAUUACUCAUAUUCUUUAGGUUUAUUUCUUUACCAAACUUUUGAUGCCUGUGAUGGUAUGCAUGCACGUCGCACAGGUCAAUCCGGGCCCCUAGGUGAACUAUUUGACCAUUGUAUUGAUUCCAUCAAUACCACGUUGUCCUUAUUUCCCUUUUGUUCAACAACUGGUAUGGGAUUUACUAGAUUCUUUAUUUUGACCCAGUUUUCAGUCCUCUGCAACUUUUAUUUGAGUACUUGGGAAGAAUACCAUACCCAUAAGUUAUAUUUGAGUGAAUUUUCUGGUCCUGUUGAAGGUAUUUUAAGUUUAAUCAUCACCUUUUUACUGACUGGUAUCUUUGGACCCCAAACUAUCUGGCAUUCUGAGAUACUCGCCCUCAAUGUAUCAGGCACCCAUAUUAGAGUUGAAACUGUUCAUUUAAUGUAUGCUUUCUCUUUGAUAGGUUUGGCAUUUAAUAUAAUUACAGCAACAAAAAAUGUGGCGGACUACUAUAUGGAAUUCAGUAAAAAGAAUGAAGAUAAAGAAAUAACCAAUGGAAAGAUCAGAGAAGCCAUCUUAGGAUUAGUUCCCUUUUUUGGUUACUUUAUUACCAUCUUCUCAUUAGUAUUUGUGGAACCUCAAUUCAUUACAUUACCGUUCUCUCUCUCAAUUGGAUUGACCAUGGCAUUUGUGGUAGGUCGCAUCAUUUUAGCUCAUUUAACAAGACAACCAUUUCCUAUUAUCAACUACCCUAUGUUAAUUCCCGUUAUACAGUUAACCCUUUAUUAUAUUACAGUUCAUAUAUUCGGGCAUAACUCAGACGAUGUGGUACGUAAUUUAGUAUGGUUUGGAUUUGGAUUAUCGUUGGGAAUUCACGCUAUGUUCACUAACGAAAUCAUUUAUGAGUUCACCAAUUAUCUGGACGUAUAUGCUUUGUCUAUUAAACAUCCAAAGCAAAUAUAA